UUCUAUUUUGAUUGGUUCUUAAGACUCCUUUCUAAUGAACUUGAUCUACUCAGUGAUAUGUAUAUGCAGAGAGCACUGAGAAUUCCAGUGCACUGAGUUUAAUGUAUUGCUAUACAAAAUCGGUGUCGAAAUGUUCGUUAUCAACCAGUUAUAAGUGUGUACUAUUUAAAUUAUAUUUCAAGUGAUGCUGAACAUGGUAAUUUUCGUUGCGUGUAUUACAUACACUCGUCUAAAUCAGUGACAAUGGAUGAAAAGGAUAAAGCUCAACACAACAUGAUAUCCAACCUACCGCUUUUGUUUGCGAACGGAUAUCCAACAUCCCUAGAAAAAAUAACGGAGUCCCAGUUAGAAAAUUUUAUUCCCUUCAUGGUGCAAUGCUCUUUAGGACAUAUAAACUUACCAAAGAAAAUAGAUUGCAGCGAACCAGAAUGGUGGCCCGAAAGCGCGCCUUUCGAAAUUCCGCUCAAAAAGCCGAAAGCAUUUGUUGGGAAUUGGAUGGAAAAAAUGAAAGAAAUUGUUGUCAUAUGCUAUCAAUUUCACAAAAGCUUAUUUCUAUUGAGAUUUUGUAAUGAUUUAGCUGCGUAUGAACACGCGAGCUUGAGAUUUAUAAACAAUUAUAACUCAACAACUUCAUUGUAUGACAGGAGAAACAACAAACUCUUGGUUACCUUCCGAAAUGAGAAUAUGUCAUAUGAUAGACAACAAAAGAAUAGAAAGUGCUUGUUGCUGCAAAAAAACAACAGUUCCAUUAGCGAAAACUUACAACAUAUGAUGGUUGAGCCACCCCCUUUUGAUAUCUAUCUAUGCGACAACUGUGAUGCCGAACUUUAUUCUAAAGAAGCUAUACUCGAACACGAAAACAUUUGUUGCAUGGAAGAUGACGUUAUACUUUGUGAUUCCCCUGAGCCAGAUAACAAAUGUGACGGGAAAAACGAAGAUAUCGAAUUGCGCAACGCCUUUCUUUUAAACUUUAACCUGCAAUCCAAAUUCACUGAUAACAGUUUAUCUAAAGAAAAACAGAAAACAUAUUCAUUCAGCGAAGAAACAUCAACGGAAACAUCAAACAGGAAAAGGCGUUUACCAUCACGGAGAAAUCGAACAGUUCAUUCGUUUAGUAGGUGUUCGUUUAUCCCAAUAUCAUCACCUGCAGGACAGCAAUUGUUAAAGUCGACAAAACAAACAAUAUCAAUGGAAUACAUUUCGGAAAGACAGGAACGCCUGGAUCGGUUUUGUUACACACCAUUGAUCAUAAAAUCAAAUACCAGGCAAAAGUAUUUCGAGAAAAAAUCAAACACUACCGUGCAUUGUACAUUUAAAAAGUCGCAUGAACACAACUACCACAUAUAUUCCUUUCCGCGACGUCAAUUUGUUAAACGCAGGGACACUACUGAGAACUUUUUGUUUCUGAACUCUCCGCUGAUUAAGCAAUGCCGUCCAAUAUCAGUCAGAUUGAAAAAAAUAUCGGAACACGUAAUGGAAGAGCAAAAUCACACUGCAAAUACAAAACUUAAUAUAAGACUAACGCGCCACAAUUCGCUUAAUUCGCACUGGAGGAUUUCACCUACCAAGGAAGUAGUUGUUGAUACAAUUGACUUAUGCUCCUCUGACGAUGAUGAGCAACAAGAGCAAACAAUGGGCUCGCCAAAAAGACUUGGUUCCGAUGCACUUACUAUAAUAAAACUCACGCAUAAUAACAGAAAGUCCAGCAGGCGGGCCAUUGAGCCAAGCAAAUGUGGUCCUGACCCGGAAUCUGUAGUCGACAAUUCUGUUAAGCCGCUACAGCAAUCUUUAUAUAUAUUUUCAAACUAUAAGGCUAACUCUGUAAUUAGUCGCUGUACUGUUGACUCGAUAUCUAAUCAUUCAUUGGUUAGUUCUCUGAGUACAUCGAAUACUUUUUCCGAUUCUCAAGGACACAGAAAGGAAUACAAUCAAGAAAACUGUAAUUUCUCUAAGAACUUGGUCGCACUCACAGACUGGUAUGCUCAUUCGGCUAAUUCGGAAAAGAGCACUACUAAUCAGACUACUGAGAGUAGUACGUUCGAAGCAAUUUCCGCGGCUCCGCCUUUUAAUAGCAGUGGGCGAAUAAUUUCCAUUGAUUUAACUUCUUAGACAUUUUAAUUCAUAGUUAAGUUAAGGAAUUGUUAUUUUACAAGAAACCCUAAAAUAAGAAUUAUCAUAUUUGAAUAAAUAAUUUGUUUAAAUACUUUUAUA